AAGUAAUUCUCCCUUUGUUUAUUCCUUAAACUAAGGCAAAUCGAUGCACAGGUGAAAGAUUGAGUGUGUGAUCCAGUAGCUAUCAAUAGCAUUAGGCACCAAUACCAAGCUGUCUUAUCCUCGUCUUCAAUUCUUUUCCCUCAGAAGAGAGGGAAAGGUUGCUAAUUUCGUAAUUAACAAUGGGGGCCGGAGAGUGCAAUGGUGGAACUCUUCAGCAUGUUAUUGAAUCUUCCCUCUCAGAGACUUGUGCUCGAUUGUCCAAACAUCGUUCAUGUUGGAAGCAUAUGGUAGCUAGCUUGUAUUCUAAUGGCAAGAAGAUAAAUAAACAAGAGGCUGAACAGAUACGGAGAUAUAAGUUAACACCCCUGUGUUUUUUAGGCACCUUCCCUUCUCGCAAACGAUCAAAGAGGAGAAAGCCCAAGUAUAAAAUUGCAAGAGUAAUUAAAGAAAAGAAAAAGCUAGAUAGUGGAGAAUUUGACUGCUAUUUUCAAAAUCUGUGGCGGAGCUUCUCAGAAGAUAAGAGAACUUGCUUCACUUACCUGGAUAGCUUGUGGUUUUACUGGUACAUGAAGGCAUCCUCUAAGGGGAAGGUGCUUACAUGGAUAAAAGAAAAACAAAUUUUUUUGAAAAAAUAUGUACUUGUUCCCAUUGUUUGCUGGGGUCAUUGGAGCCUAUUGAUCUUCUGCCACCUUGGUGAGAGCACCAUGUCCAAAGCCAGAACACCUUGCAUGUUGUUACUGGAUUCACUUGAAAUGGCAAACCCAAGGCGCCUUGAACCGGAUAUAAGAAAGUUUGUGUUAGACAUUUAUAGAUCUGAGGGCAGGGAUGAAAAUGAAAAGCUGAUUUAUAAGAUUCCACUCUUGGUACCUAAGGUGCCACAGCAAAGAAAUGGUGAAGAAUGUGGCAAGUAUGUCCUUUACUUCAUAAAUUUGUUUGUCAAAGAUGCUCCAGAUGAUUUUAGUAUCAAGGACUACCCCUAUUUUAUGAAUAAGCACUGGUUCAGUCUUCAAUGCUUGGAUAACUUCUUUGAGGAACUGGAUUCAUAUGGCGAUGCGGAGGCAGCAGAUCAAAAAGGCCCAAAACCAUUUAGGGUUUAUUCUAGAAGGCUCAAAAAGAAUAACAGAAUGGCUGACUCAACAGAAGGCAUGAAAAGGGGAGGGACUAGCUAAGAGAGGAGAGAGAGUAUGGUUAUAAGACAUAAAAUGAGAAGCGCAUGUUAUUCAGUAUUCUGUAUUUCUGGAAUCCUUGUGAGUGGCUGAUUAUAUUUCUCUGUAAUCAGAUUUCUUUUGCCGAGUCAUUUACCUUGAGGAUUUGCCUUGAAUACAAAGAAUCAUUUCUUUCCCUGUUAUUGUUGU